AAAAGAAAAGAAAAGAAUCUUAUCUGACCAGGCAUAUGUGUAGAGUUUCUAACGAAGGCAAAGGUGAAAAGUAGGUGUACUGUCUUCCCAGGUCCUGCUGGGUUUACUACCCCCGACCUCUGCCCCAUCUUUGAGUCCAGGGGCCACGAAACCAGUGACCAUGACAAAUAGCACCCACUGUGGUCAAAAGAAACCCAUUCUACUUUCCCAAAGGAAUUAUGCUUUUCUUUCCAGAUAAAACGAUAUUCAAAACAGAAAGUGACCGAUGGAUAAGAUUUGUAAUGGAUAAGAUUUCCAUUACUUCUGCCUCUAAAGCAACCGAUGCCCUUGGAGAACAUUUGAGGGAUUAAUAGUCACUUCAUCUGUAUAAAUAAUGAACAUACGCUGACUUUUUGAUUCCCGUUUCUACAGUGGUGUGGUCUAUGUCAGGAGGGAAGCUGGCUGGACCUGAUGGUGGUUUAUUCAAUGUGUCUCCCUUCCUUCCCGCUUCCCUGCCAUAGUGGGCCCAUCACGCUCUGGGCCAGUGAGAAGUGGCCUUUAACGAUUGGACAGGUUCACUUGGCAUCCUCUCCCAUCCACACAGAGCAGUGCCUCUGUGGGUGCUUCCUGAUAGAGAGUGAUAAAUAGGAUGCAAAUAUGUUCUUUGUAAUCCAUGAUCUUGGCAUAGCCAGAGGGAAUAUGAGCACCUGUGCCUCAGGACAGUAACUUUUUGCUUAGACCUCGAGAGUUGACUCGACGUUAAGGACCCACAAGCACACCCGAGCUGAUCAAAUGUAAGGACGACGAUAUGGACACAAAAUCCAUUCUAGAAGAACUGCUUCUCAAAAGGUCACAGCAAAAAAAGAAAAUGUCGCCAAGUAAUUACAAAGAGAGGCUUUUUGUUUUAACCAAAACAAAUCUCUCCUACUAUGAAUAUGACAAAAUGAAAAGAGGCAGCAGAAAAGGAUCAAUUGAGAUUAAGAAAAUCAGAUGCGUGGAGAAAGUAAACCUUGAGGAGCAGACCCCUGUGGAAAGACAGUAUCCGUUUCAGAUUGUCUAUAAAGACGGGCUUCUCUAUGUCUACGCAUCAAAUGAAGAGAGCCGAAGUCAGUGGUUGAAAGCAUUACAAAAAGAGAUAAGGGGCAACCCCCACCUGCUGAUCAAGUACCACAGUGGGUUCUUCGUGGAUGGAAAGUUCCUGUGCUGCCAGCAGAGCUGCAAAGCGGCCCCAGGAUGUACCCUCUGGGAAGCAUAUGCUGAUCUGCACGUCACAACCCACGAAGAGAAACACAGAGCUCCCACCUUCCCAGACAGAGUGCUGAAGAUUCCUCGAGCGGUUCCUAUUUUCAAAAUGAAUGAACCAUCUUCAAGUACCACUGUCGCCCAGUAUGACAGUGACUCCAAGAAAAACUAUGGCUCCCAGCUAAACGUCAAUUUGCAGCAUAUUCCAAGAGAAGACUGCCCUGACUGGUGGCAAGUAAGAAAACUGAAAAGCAGUGAAGAUUUCGCAUGUGGCAACCAGAGGGAAAGGACUGUCGUAAAUCACAGCACCUCAAAGAUGUCAUGGGGAUUCCCCGAGUCAAGUUCAUCUGAAGAAGAGGAAAACCUGGAUGACUAUGACUGGUUUGCAGGUAACAUCUCCAGGUCACAGUCUGAGCAGUUACUGAGACAAAAGGGAAAAGAAGGCGCAUUUAUGGUUAGAAAUUCCCGCCAGGUGGGAAUGUACACAGUGUCCUUAUUUAGCAAGGCUAUGAAUGAUAAAAAAGGAACUGUCAAGCAUUACCAUGUGCACACAAAUGCUGAGAACAAAUUGUACCUGGCAGAAAACUACUGUUUUGAUUCCAUUCCAAAGCUGAUUCACUAUCAUCAACACAAUUCAGCAGGCAUGAUCACACGACUCCGCCACCCUGUGUCGACCAAGGCCAACAAGGUUCCCAUCUCCGUGUCCUUGGGAAGUGGAAUAUGGGAACUGAAAAGAGAAGAGAUUGCCCUCCUGAAGGAACUAGGAAGUGGCCAGUUUGGAGUGGUCCACCUGGGCAAAUGGAAGGGACAGUAUGACGUUGCCGUUAAGAUGAUCAAGGAGGGCUCCAUGUCAGAAGAUGAAUUCUUCCAGGAGGCCCAGACCAUGAUGAAACUCAGUCACCCCAAGCUGGUGAAAUUCUACGGAGUGUGUUCAAAGCGAUACCCUAUAUACAUAGUGACUGAAUAUAUAACUAAUGGCUGCCUGCUUAAUUACCUGAAGAGUCACGGAAAAGGACUUGAAACCUCUCAGCUCUUAGAAAUGUGCUAUGAUGUGUGUGAAGGCAUGGCCUUCUUGGAGAGCCACCAGUUCAUACACAGGGACUUGGCGGCUCGGAACUGCUUGGUAGACAGUGAUCUCUCCGUGAAAGUGUCUGACUUUGGGAUGACGAGGUAUGUUCUGGACGACCAGUACGUCAGUUCCGUAGGAACAAAAUUUCCGGUCAAGUGGUCAGCCCCAGAGGUGUUCCACUACUUCAAGUACAGCAGCAAGUCAGACGUGUGGGCCUUCGGGAUCCUGAUGUGGGAAGUGUUCAGCCUGGGGAAGCAGCCCUACGACUUGUAUGACAACUCCCAGGUGGUCGUGAAGGUCUCCCAGGGCCACAGACUCUACCGUCCCCAACUGGCGUCGGACACCAUCUACCAGAUCAUGUACAGCUGCUGGCACGAGGCAAGUGCACCACGUGGGGGAGGAAGAAGGCGCGUCAGGUGCACCCGGAGCGGCGGCCUGGGACGCCAACCGGGCAAGGCAUUUUUGAGAGAGAACACCUGCCGCAGAGCAGAUUCCAGAAAAGCGCCCCACAUUUCAGCAACUCCUAUCUUCCAUUGAACCACUGCGGGAAAAAGACAAGCCUUGAAGAAGAAAUCGGGAGAUCUCAUGAGAAUGAAUGUAAACGCUGGCCAACAUCUUCAUUCUUUUUAAGGAAAGUAGCAAGGCACAGACAAUGUAAUUUAGCUAGUUCUUCUUAAUAGUCUUCUGCAUGCUGUUUGUUAUAUUAUGUAGAAAUGAACAAGGUAAAAAAAAAAAACAAAAGAUUUCCUUGAAAUUUAGGUCAAAUUAGUAAUUUUGUGUAUGCUGAUCUUAAUAUUACACUUCCCAGACUAUAGCCGAAGCACAUUUUCUGAUCGUGAUAUAGACAGUGCGGACCAUGUGUAAAGAUGGAACAGAAUUGACAAAUUCUUUGUUGGAUAUUUGUUCUUUUCCUUAUAUUGUCACUGUCAUAAUUAAAUGUUACUAAUGAGUACCAAAA